AAUACUAUUAGUGAUGCUAACGUUCAUGAUGUUGAUGGUGGAAAUGUUCAGUCAAUGCUGUGAUGUUUUGUAAAAUCUAAAUAAACGCCUUAGAAAUCAUUGAAUGAUAAUAGAGUUUAUAUAGAAAUCCUCAUGAUAGUGCUGAUAAAGCGAAGCGAAAACAGGUAGCCUGUGAUCCAGUUUGGAAAACUACCUGGCUUUCAAAGGUGGCUAAAUAUUCAAAUGAUUAAUUUUUUGCUGGCUCUGUUUAGACUCGAGCUAGAUAGACUUGAUGAGGGACUAUUGGUCUUGUUUCGUGGGACUAGUUUCUACAAGAGUAUAACUUAUUUACUUUCAUUACUAGAUCAUUGGUUUUGUGCGGGUCUUAAUGGUAGUACUACAAUAACAUCUACAUCCUCAUUUGACAAAAUAAAACAGAAACAUUUGAUUGAAUAAUGUCCAUAAUUGAAGAAAUCAAAAGCUUUAAACAGCUCAAUUUCUUACAGAGAUAAAGACACAUUCUCCAUUAAAGGACGCUAGUCCACAAAGUUUGAAAAUGAGUGGUGACAAUCAAAAGUCUAGCCAGUCCCAUGAUCAACUUUAAAAGUAACCAGAUAAAUGGCAGACAUCCAAACGAAAACUGGCUAUGUGCAAUACUAAUACACUUUGCUAAAACCGACACUUUCGUCACGGACUCAUUUCAAAACCCUGAUUUGUACAAAAGCUUAAAAGCACUAGGGUUCAAAAGAAAACGUCUCAAGUUAAACAAAGGCAAUGUUAACUGAAAGCUAGAGGAGUGAUUGAAU